GGCAGCGAUUUUGAUUGUGGUGUGGUGGAGGUGCAGUGGGGCGAUGCGCGUGAUUCCGCUGCGUCAGAUCCGCGAGGUACCUUCCCCUGAAGAUCUGCAGCAGCGCCGUCUGGGACCGGAGUAUUUCGUCAGCCGAGAACGCCGUCUACCCAAGGGAUACUGGACGGCGCCCCCGGAGGCGACGCGACUGCUGUGGCAGGAGCUCAGCCGCGAGUUUCAAGCCUGCUGCACUGCUGCACGUACUGACAGCUUUGCGUACUUUCAGCGCCGCGAUGGGCUUGCUAUUUCCCUUGACAGAUUGGAACCAAGUUUUGACAUCGAACAUCACGCGUCUGUGGCGCCCGGCGAGAGCGAUGGACGCCCAGAAGAAGGAGAAUCGACCGGCCAUCGUUUCGCUCCCUCUUUGAGAAGAGUCAAAGCUCGGUCCACCGACGAGCAUCGAACGGGCCGCGGCCUUCCCUUGGCACGCGAACUAUUGGCGGAGAUCUUCCAGUCACUGGACAACAUCGAGCGGGUCCGCAAGCGGCGCGUCUGCCGCCUGUGGGAGGCGAUGCUGGAUUCGAAUGCGAUCGGCAAGCACCUGUGGAUCUCCUGCCGACAUCCCUUCCACAGGUACCGCAGUGAGGAGGCCGAGCAGUUCCUGCUGGCGGCAUGUAUGCUCAAGUGCGUCAUAUCCGCCACGGACACCAUCAUCCUGGAGGAUUCAUCCGAGUUAUGUUCUUGGUCGCGGGGCGUGUACGAAGUGGUCCUGAUCUUGCUGCAGCAGCGCCGCAUUAAGACGCUGGUCUUCUCCCGGUGUGAUUUCAGUGAUUACGAUUACGAGCUGCGCCAUUACAUGAGGUUGAUCAAUCACCGGUGGUCUGAGCUGGAAGCCAGCUGCCGUGUGGUGGUGUGGCGCGAUUGCGAGUGGUCGCUGCCGGAGACCAGCGCCCUCGUGGCCUUUGCCAAGUUCUGUCUGCGGGAUGCAGCCGCGCAACGGCUGCUACAGUUGUGGGAUGUCCAUGAAAGGUCACUAGUGGAGAGAGAGCUGGUGGAUCUGCCGAGACUCGCUGAGUGGGUGGCGUGUUGUGUCCGCACAAAGGAUACUAACAAGUGCGAAGGAAUAAUAUCGGUUUUGAACGAGUUUAUGGGUGCUGAUCCACGAACGGCACAGUGCAGUGCUCAUCAAAAAUGGACGACGGAGAAUUUGGCCAACUUGAAUGUGUUCCGGCUGACAAAGUUGGCGCAAGUUGCCUUGUACGGCCGAAUUGGCGAUAGCAUGUGAAAGAAUGAUUUAUUCAGCAAAAGCCAAUGCACAUACAACAAUGCUUGCGCUGGCCACUAAUUAAAACGAGUUUCAACGAUACGAUACGAGUUUCAACACUGAAAAAACAACCAAAAUCGUUAUUGAGCCGGUUGUCUUUCUCUACGGCGAUACUUAAAAAUUCAACAUGAUUUUUGUGCAAC